GCCCUCCCUGGCAGAGAAAAAUCUCCAGUGGUUCUUUGUUCUGUCACGUUGUUGCUGACUUGUUUCCCUAUCACUUACAUAAACCAGCAGGAUAAACAGGCACAGGAAAUGACUGGUAAUUCUUCUGCAUCAUCAGAGCCUGAUGUUAAGUGCCUGCUGCUGGGGAAAAUGCUCAGUUCACCUUCUUAAAGAAGAUUUUACUCCUCCUCCUGCAUUUUUUGGUUACUUGUAGGCAUAAAGGCAAAAUUUUUCUUGUCACUCUGGAUGGGGAGGUUUGGAAUUACUUCAGAAAACUCUUCCUUUGAACACCCUGUGCUAGUGUUCUGGUAUCAAAAGGCUUGGACUGUAGGCAAUUACCAUCAGCCUUGUCUUCACCUGAGCUUUGAAUCCAGUGGAGUAUUGAAUAGGCAAAUAAAACCGGCUGGUUCAGGAAGAUGGAACAAAGUAUCUGACUGAAUUCCUAAUUUCAUUAGAGGGAAGAUUGAGACAGGUAAACAUCAAGAGGAGGAGAUGAAUCUCGUUAUGCUCAGCCCCCUAACCUGAGUGGAUUUGCAGGAGGAUGUGCUGAGAGCAGCCCCAGCCUUGCUGCAAGGCCCUGUACCUGCAAUGCAGUGCAGUGCAGCUGGGUGGUGGAGGCAAAGCCCUCUUCUCCCUCACCCUCUCACAAAGCUGUGCUGCGUUCCAGAAGAACCAGCCCCUCCACUGCCACCCAUGUCCCCCCACUUCCCCCCCACUCUGGCACCUGGAUUUUAAUGGCUCUUUCGAAAACUGCUGGGCUGUCCUCGCUGAUAUCCUUACCCAUGGGCGGCCGUGCUUCCUGCAGUGUGUUCUCUUCCAGACCCGACACUCAGCACCGGGGCCCUGCUGCUCAGACAGAGAAUGAGCUCCCAGAGCAAGAGGAGGAGAUCCUGGGGUCCGAUGACGACGAACAGGAGGAUCCAAACGAUUACUGUAAAGGUGGUUAUCAUCUUGUGAAAAUAGGAGACCUCUUCAACGGCCGCUACCAUGUGAUUCGGAAGCUGGGAUGGGGACACUUCUCCACUGUGUGGCUGGCUUGGGACAUCCAAGGGAGGAGAUUUGUGGCAAUGAAGGUGGUGAAGAGUGCAGAGCAUUACACAGAAACAGCACUGGAUGAGAUCAAGCUGCUAAAAUCGGUCCGCAACAGUGAUCCAAAUGAUCCCAGUAAAGAGAGAGUUGUGCAGUUAUUAGAUGACUUCAAGAUUUCAGGAGUUAAUGGUUCACAUAUCUGUAUGGUGUUUGAAGUUCUAGGACAUCAUCUCCUGAAGUGGAUCAUCAAAUCAAAUUAUCAGGGGCUUCCACUCCCUUGUGUCAAAAAGAUCAUCAAACAGGUUCUCCAGGGUCUUGACUACUUGCACACCAAGUGUCGGAUCAUCCAUACAGACAUCAAGCCUGAGAACAUUCUGCUGUGUGUCAACGAUCAGUACAUCCGCAGGCUGGCUGCAGAAGCCACAGAGUGGCAGAGAUCUGGAGCUCCUCCACCAUCUGGCUCUGCAGUGAGCACUGCACCACAGCCUAAACCAGCUGACAAAAUGUCAAAGAAUAAGAAGAAGAAGUUGAAAAAGAAGCAGAAACGACAGGCUGAGUUGUUAGAGAAGAGAAUGCAAGAGAUAGAGGAGAUGGAGAAAGAAGCAAGUCCUGGGCAGACACAGCCUGAAGAGGAAGAAGAAGCUCAGAGCCCUCUGGAAAUGCUCAUAAAAGUUAGCCCACCAGAGGAAAAUGUCAGCAAGAAGACAGCCGAGGUCGCUGCCCAGGAGCAGUCGAUGAUGGAAAGCAGCGUGGAGAAAUGCGCAACGGAAAUCAACUGCAACGGAGUGCUAGCGACGACAGACUUCCCAGACCCCAGCAACCAAGGCUCUGUGCGGCUGGAGGAUGACCUUCACAACGCCAAUGACUGUGGUGAGCACCCUGCCACGCAGCAGCAGGAGAACUUCCACAGCUGUAACUACAGCCAGCGUAACGGCGAGGCGGAGGGCAGGCCUCAGGAGGCAAUGUCGGACUCCUUCGUGCCCUUAGCCUCAGAAGACUCCAUGGUGUGCCAGCCCACGUCCAAUGAGGAGCAGGAGAUGAACCAUUUGCAGGAGAGCAUCCGGACAGAGACCCCCUCAGAGGACGAGAAUGAGAAUAACAGCCCUGCAGACAACAAAGGAAAAUCAACUGCUGGGAAUUUCCUUCUUAAUCCUCUUGAGCCCAAGAAUGCAGAUAAGCUCAAAGUGAAGAUAGCUGACCUAGGAAAUGCCUGCUGGGUGCACAAGCACUUCACUGAAGACAUCCAGACCAGGCAGUACAGAUCUUUGGAGGUGUUGAUAGGGUCAGGGUACAACACUCCUGCUGACAUCUGGAGCACAGCCUGUAUGGCCUUUGAGCUAGCAACAGGAGACUACCUGUUCGAGCCUCACUCUGGGGAGGAUUACUCACGGGAUGAAGAUCACAUUGCAUUGAUCAUAGAACUUCUGGGGAAGAUACCUCGCAAGCUCAUUCUGGCAGGAAAAUAUUCCAAGGAGUUUUUCACCAAAAAAGGUGAUCUGAAGCACAUCACCAAACUGAAACCUUGGGGCCUUUUUGAAGUCUUGGUGGAAAAAUACGAGUGGUCCCAAGAGGAGGCAGCUGCAUUCACAGACUUCUUAUUACCUAUGCUGGAGCUGAUCCCAGAGAAACGAGCUACAGCAGCAGAGUGUCUCAGGCACCCCUGGCUCAACUCCUAGAGGCUUCGCCCCAGCACCACCGCAGCACUACUCUGGUUUACAGCAUAGCCUCCAUGCACCCAGCUGCCCCUCCCCACAUCCAUUCCUCCCUUGUUCAUUUUCAGUGUGAAGUUCUUCCUCCAAGGCUUCCAAGGUUUUUAGAUAAAUCUAACCUGUUCUGCUGAGAUGGCUUGUGUGACUCCAUGGGGACUCUCCUCAGCCGGUGGGCGUCAUCUGUGUUUUGCCUUGAUGGGGCUUCUCCAAAGACUAACUGCCUAGGACAUGAUGUUAUCCCCGAGUUUCCUCACUGUUCUGCUCCUUGUAAUCCAGGUGGGAGCUCACCUGGGCUCAGAUAAGCUCCCAUAGCUCAAUUUCAUCUCCACAAGGGGGAUCUGAAGAUCCAAACACCUCUUUAUCUCACUGACUCAGGAGCCAAUUUCCUGCUGUUGUUCCAAUAGCUAGAAUGAGGUGAGAAUAACAGAUGGCACCAAGGUGGUGUUAGUUCCCUGUAGAGCAAUGACCUCCAAUCCUCCAUCAUUUCCUAGGUGUCUACUGUAUCCUUUGCUUUCCAGUCACAUAACUUCUCUUUAGAUCUAGCUGCUUGAAUCCUUUGAGAAGAGCUAUUGAAACCUAGGGUUUAGUAUCCUUUCUUUCUCCCUCCAAAGUGUCCUGCCCCUUUUCCCUUCCCUGUGCCCAGAUAGCCAGAAUAGCUUCUGAACUUGGUGACCUUUUCUACUUCAAUGCCUGUGCCUGGAAGGGGACAAGCAACACAAGCAAAAGGUGGCACUGAUUCCACACACACCCUGCAGUGCAGAGGGAGUGCACCCUGUGGCUGCAGAGAGGUGGCCUUAUUGCAGGCAACUCUUAACCUGUUAGGGAGCUCUGAGCUUUUUGGUUUAUCCCUUACUGGCACUUUUUUUUGCCUUGCUUGAGGCAGUUGCUGUAUGAGUGAAAGCUUGGCUUUUACUGAUGCAGUCUACUGUGGCUUUUAACUUUGGAUCCCUUGCUUUCUCCCAAGGAAAGGGUGGCAGCCUCUCUGUCACCACCACGCUAGAGCCCUUGGCUUUCAAAAGCAGCAUUUGAAGGCCCAGUGUAAAGAUUUCUUUUCCUUUUAACUUGCUUCAGGUGCUGGCCUU